AUGUCGGAAUUCCCAUGGAUUGCCUGCAGGGGAAAUGGUUCGAAACUUGUAGAGAUUGAAACAACCGACGAAUAUGAUUUUGUUAAAGAACUGGCACAGGAUAUGAAUACGACUGCUGUUCACAUCGGUGGCACAGAUGCCCUUAGUGAUGGAACCAUGAUCUGGUGGUCAAGCCUUCAGCCGGUCAAUCUGACAGCGUGGGCGCCCGGCUUCUCCAACAACUUUUACACCACCGGAGAUGACUGUCUACUUCUAGAACAGUUUAACGAUUACAAAGUCAACACGGGCGACUGUAAUUCAAGGCUUAGUUAUAUCCGUGAAAGGGACCUUAAUUAGUUGAGGCACCCUUGAGUAAAAAUAAAGAGCAGUUAAUUCUAAGUAUGUUAACGACGUUCGAUCCUGAUAUUUAAAGUCUUAAACUUUUUUUGCCAAGUAUAUUUUUAGUUUCUACAUACAUAGCUUAAUUAAAAUUCAAAUCAAAAAAUGGGGGUCAAUAUGCUUCUUUUGGCGCUACAGUACAUUAAAUGUGACCUUUUUGCACUGAAAUUUGUGUAUUAAUCAAAAAUUACAUCUUCGCCGUUUUCCCUCCAAUAUUUUU